UGACCGCGUAGGGCCUUGAACAACCGUCCGAGAAGGUCGAUGGCGACUGACCUCUCAGCAGUUCCCCUGAGGCUUGCGUCAUACGUCGCAACCACGACUGGCACAACUGGCUAUGAUGCGACUUCACGCCCUCGCUGCGGGAGGGGACGCCGAUCUUUUGAAGCCAACAUGCAUCGGAGGAUCGCCCCAUGAAGGAUAGCAUGGCCCGGCUAAGGCUAGGUCGCGAUCGUGCAUGUGGUCCACCGGUCACGGGUUUCCUGCCUCCUCGCGUUCUACCUUCCAUCGGUUUUGCAGAAUCGAGCAGCAGACCGCUGUCGUACACGGUCUGUGGCGAUUCACCGCGAUGUCCUCAUGCACGGUCGUGCACCAGGAACGCGGUAGGUGUUCGUGACCGCUGCGUCGGGGAGGAAGGUGGGUAUGCAUGCUGCUCGAUAUCGCCCUGUCAAGUAUAAAGCUCUAGAGAAGGGCUGCCUUUCGUGUGCUGCAUAUCGCUUCGGCUACCCUCGAAGAGUCGGUUGCGAAGUUCAGCUCCAUCUCCCCACACAUCUGCCGUCUUCUCGAGCUGCACAGUAUGCGGUUCUCCGUCCUCGCGCCCCUACUCUCUCUCGCCGCGUUCGCAUUCGCGACACCGAACCCGCUCCCGGGUGGUAGCACCGUCGUCGUCCGCGACCCCGCGAUCUGGUACAACUCCGCGUCGAAGAAGUACUUCGUCUUCUCCACCGGAACCGGCAUCCAGAUCUUCACCUCGACCUCCCUCCUCGGGCCCUGGACGAACGUCGGUUCCGUCCUGCCGAACUGUACCGUCAUCCCCAUCUCCGUCCCCAAGCCCUGCAGCCUCUGGGCGCCCGACAUCAACUUCGUGAACGGGCAAUACGUGUUGUACUACGCCGCGUCGGCGCUCGGGAGCCAGAACUCGGCGACAGGGGUCGCAACGAGCCCGUCGAUGGAGCCGGGCACGUGGACGGACCACGGCGCGGUCGUGACAUCUGCGAAUGGGGACGAGUUCAACGCCAUCGACCCGAACCUGAUCGUCGCGCGCGGCCAGCUGAAGCUCAGCUUCGGCUCCUACUGGGACGGCAUCUUCCAGAUCCUGCUCAACAGUGUCACCUCGCCGGCGGAAGCGCCCUCAGGCGUCCCGCUCGCGGGCUACAGCGGCCGCCCGGCCGAGGGCGGGUUCACGUACAAGCCCGCGAGCCCGCCCUUCUAGGCAUCACCCCGCUCACGGGCGCGACGACGCGCCCGCCCGCGGGGCAGGAGUACAAGGUGCUCGUCGGGCGCGGGCCCUCCGAGUCCGGGCCGUUCGUGGACGCGGCGGGCAACGCGCUCACGCUCGACGUCACGCCCGCGGCGGGCACGCUCGUGCUGGGGUCGCACGACAACGUGUACGCGCCGGGCGGGCAGAGCGUGUUCAGCGACCCGGUGAGCGGGCGGGACGUGCUCGUGUACCACUACGUGCCGAACGACGCGUUCGGGGGGCCGUCGUAUUUGGGCAUCAACUAUCUCGACUUCUCGUCGGGGUGGCCGGUCGUUGUUAGCUAGGAUGGUUGGGGGUGGUGUUGUAAUGUAUUGGGUGUAUUAUAUGGCAUCGAAUGCUAUUGUAUGUACCUACCGUAUGAACAGGUGCUCCUC